AGUGCGGUGUAUAUAAAGAUAUCGCAUUGACAUUACGAUGUGAUAUCUCAAACACUCACUAUUCUAAAUAAGGAUGGACUUAAACGAGACUCAACCAACGGUGGUUGUUUCAUUGCCGUCAGGAAGAAUAUCUAUCCGGCCGAUGACUCUUUCGGACGUCGACGACUACAUGGUAUGGGCUACAGAUGCUGAAGUCGCACGCUUCUGCUCAAGGGAGCCAUGCACGAGCCGAGAAGAAGCCAUCAAAUACAUAACCGAUUCGGUCUUGACACACCCUUGGCUCCGAGCCAUCUGUUUAGAGAACGACCGUCCCAUCGGCUACAUCUUGAUCAUGCCGGUCGAUAAGAUCAGGAAAGAGAUCGGUUAUGUGCUAGCGAGAAAGUAUUGGGGAAAAGGGUUCGCCACGGAGGCGGUAAGGCUAGUGACGGCGGAGAUAUUCAAGGAAAUGCCGGAGAUUGAGAGGCUUGAGGCACUAGUGGACGUGGACAAUGUGGGAUCUCAAAGGGUUCUUGAAAAGGUUGGGUUUACUAGAGAAGGUGUGAUGAGGAAGUUUAUAGUUAUGAAAGGAAGUGUAAGAGAUAUGGUCAUGUUUAGUUUCUUGCUUUCUGAUCCUAUCAAGUAAUCUAUCUUAUUAAAACAGAAACAUUCUGAUGGACCUAACAUUUAUUUUGUAAGUUUUUAAAUUAAAUACACUUUUAUACUUUAUAGUUAAACAUGCAUUAAAUCACUAAUAUUUCUUUCUUUAUACUACUAUCCAUGUUUCCAAACAAUAUACUUAUUUCUUUAUACUACUAUCAAUGUUUCCAAACAAUAUAUUUUUAUACUACUAUCAAUGUUUCCAAACAAUACAAUAAGUAAUCUUAGUUAUUUUAUAUCUAUCAUUUUCUCUUUAAAAUUUUGUAGAAACGUCAUAAUUUCAUAAAUUGCCAAAUAAUGAACUUUAAAAUUUGGAUUAUAAGAUUACAAAUUAUGAAACUAUUACAAUUUAAAUCCAAUUAGAUUACAUAUCGGUCAUCCAUCAGUUCAAUCGGUUAGUCUCGGGUUUUAGUGAUUUUUUAAUAUGAAUAUUUUGAAAACAUAAAUUGAAUUGUCAGAUCUCCGGACUAACCGGUAUUGUCACAAUCGGAUUGAAUUUAAAAACACUGAUUUGAAGCAAAAAUAUUUUAAAUACACACUCUUUAAAAUUACCAAAAUAUUUGUUAAGUUAUUAGUGAAAUUUUUCAUCGUAAGAUAUUCCGCGCUUUAAAAGCGCGGGUCAAAAUCUAGUUAAUCAUUAAAAAAGAUUAACGAAGACUAUGUAUAAGUUGGACUUUGUGUACGAUUCAUAUGUAGAGUAUGAUAUCAACUCUCUUUCUGUGUUUUCUUUAUU